CGAAAACUCUCAUUCGUCCCCGAUCUCCGCCGCACUUGGCCGUUUUGGACGUCGAGCACUCUCGGGGAAUCGACCGGGUGCCUGAUGAAGAACACUGACUCAACCAACCAGGGUCGACACCACACUCCAACUCAACCUCCCCAAGAAGAACUCAGAAAAGGGAAACAACAACGAAACAAAGCACCACUCUAGAUAGACAGAAUCGAUCACAAUCGAGAUGGCAUUCCCCUCCAAUCGAUUCGUAUUCGCUAACCUGAUCAAGAACUCAUCCAACAAUAACACUCGACAUCAAUUCACUCAAAACUUGAAAGCGAACCUCAACAGAAGAACUUUCAAUCGUAGUGCCUCAACUACCACUCAAAAUGAAUCCAUUCUCACUUCUCGAACAGCCGCUGUCGUUUCAUCCAUUCUAGCCGCAGGCUCUGUUACUUGGUACACUCAACUAUAUGGAAUCCCAUUUUUAUCUGAAGCCAAGGCUAUGACUGCUGCCGAGCACGGCUUGCAUCCACCUUCGUACGCAUGGCCACACAAGGGUCCAUUUGAAACUUUUGAUCAUGCUGCUAUCCGACGUGGCUACCAAGUCUACCGCGAAGUGUGCUCGGCUUGUCACUCUCUCGACCGAAUCGCAUGGAGAAAUUUGGUCGGUGUGUCACAUACAGUUGAUGAAGUCAAAGCGAUGGCAACGGAAGUGGAAUAUGAGGAUGGACCAGAUGACGAAGGUAACAAGUUCAUGAGACCCGGUAAAUUGGCCGAUUACAUGCCACGACCAUACCCGAACGAUGAAGCUGCUCGAUCAGCCAACGCUGGUGCUCUACCCCCCGAUUUGAGCUUGAUUGUCAAGGCCCGCCACGGAGCAGCGGAUUAUGUGAUGGCUCUUUUGACCGGAUAUGUUGAUCCACCGGCUGGGGUCGAAAUCAGAGACGGGUUGAACUACAAUCCUUACUUCCCAGGAGGUGCAAUUGGGAUGGCCCGGGUCUUGUAUGAUGGAGUAGUUGACUAUCCAGAUGGGACGCCGGCGACGACCAGCCAAAUGGCCAAGGACGUGGUGACCUUCUUGAACUGGGCGGCUGAGCCCGAGCUCGAUCAACGAAAGAAGAUGGGAUUCCAAACGGUGAUCGUGUUGACUACUUUGACAGCCCUUAGUAUCUGGGUCAAGAGACUCAAAUGGGCUGGGAUCAAGAGUCGAAAGAUUGUCUACAACCCCCCGCCUUCAACUUCUUCUAAGCAUUAGAACAUCUACACAAAAACUUGUUUCUUUCAUAUCUUUUCGUCCUCCUAUUUCUACCCCACUUUUUAAAGGUUGUCUAUCCUUUUUUACCUUCAAAUUCAUGUGACAAACAAGCUAUUGUUCUCUUUCAUCAUCUUAUGAUUAAUUCGUAUAUGUUUUACAUAUAUAGAGAGUAAACUAACUUAAAACAUAAAGGAGGUUAUAUGUUUUUUUUCUUCCUUUUAGUUUUGGAAUGAGUGAAGCAUGAAAUCAGCAAUGAUUGACUUUAACUUCAAGUUCUUAGACCUGUGUGUUUAUAUUUUAGUCAUAUGAAGAUGCCAGCUCACAGUUCAUCCCAAACAAUAGCCUUGAAAGAAUGAGUUGGGUGCAUGCAUGAUCAUCAGCAAUAUCCAAGCUUACAUGAGCUUGCAUGAUCAGUCACAA